AUGCAGGCCACUGCAGUGGUGGAGACAGCUUGGGGAAAAGGCUACUACAAUAAUGGAGCGAAUCUCCAUAAAGAUAAACCUUCUAAAACUAAGAAAGAAAGUUUGUUAUCUUCCAAUGAUUGUAAUGAAGUCAAAUUGACUUUUCCUGAUGAUGACUGGGAUUCCUCAGCACUGGAUCAAAGAGCCGAUGACAAAGAAAUCAGCAAUAUUGACAAAACAGGUUUAUUGGAGUCAUCUUUUUCAGUGAGUCAAGAUACUAACAUAGAGAGUACUCACACUCAGUCAAGUGAGUUUGAAGACAGUACUGACUAUGCUUCCUUCAGUGAAACAUACUGUAUACAUUAUUCAGAGUCAAAACUAAACCAUGAAAGUCUUACUCUUUUAAGUUCAGAAUUAGAUCCUGAAAUGCAGAAAAGAAAGGAGGUGCUUUUUGAUAUUUUGGAACAUCAAGGUAACAAGACUGUUGACUUGGAAAGAAUCUACAAAAUUUCAGAGAGUGAGUAUAAAGAAACUGCUGAAGAUACACAAAAGCACGAUACAGAUGAAGACUCACAGCAGGAAUAUCACAGUGCAGAAGAACAAGAAUAUAUAAGUAACCAUUUAUAUUUUGACAGAACAAAAACAUUAAGUAUAUCUAAUCUGGAAGUUGUUGAAUUAAGAAAUUCAAGUUAUGAAGUUAAAUGUGCUAGUAAUCAAGAAGGUAAUCAUGUAAAGUUAGAAAGUGGUUCUGUCCUUUCUUUAGAUUCACUUGAUGUUUAUACGCAAGAAGAUUCACCUCAUGUCUCCAAAUUUCAGAAUUCUGUCAUGUUAAGAGAAUAUCAUGAACCAAAGCAUAAAAAGUGUGAGGAACAAGAGACUAGUUUAAUGUACCACACAGUAUUUGAUGAGAGUAUCAGAAGCAGUUCUUUUGGAAACCAGGAAUCUCAAUCUGAAAGUGGUUUCUUUAACCCUCAAAAAGCAUUAAAAACUAAAAUUUAUGCUGAAAAAAUGAAAUCUCAAAUACCUGAAAGUAAAGAUUUUUGUGGAAAUACAACUGUUGAGAACAAAAUAUCACAGCACCUCAAAGAUCCUAGCACAUUACCACAGGACAAAGCAUUAGAGACAUCACUGCAACCCUGUAAAGAUUGUCAAACUUCCUGGACCUGUAUUUUUAAUGAUCCAAAUAUUUCUGCUAGUGGAUAUUCACAUUAUAAAAGCCUACAAAAUUCCCCUGACCCAGCCUUUGAUUUUUCCAUUACACCACCAAGGAUUGCAGUCAGCAAUACUCAGGCAAUAGAAGAAUUUAGCUCCCCAAAAGUUGUCACUAACAGUGCCACAAAUAAAACGUGCUUUCACGAUGUGGAAGGAAUAAAUCCUAGGUCAGUGACAAAUGGAGCAAGUUAUACAGUCACGGUUAAUAAGACAGUGGAUGUUAGCACUGAUUUGGGGGCUUGUUUCACAACCAGCAGGGCAACAAGUGCAAGAUCUUCUGUAGUUUCUACGUCAAGCAACACAGAGAUCACAAUGAUGAAUAAAAAAUGGCCUGGCAAAUGGCAAAGUGAGGAACAAAGAAGCGUGGCUUGUAAUACAGAGUGGUCAUACGGUCAAGACUGUGUAGACACUCAGAUGACUAUAAAAGGAUCAGAAAAGUCACCCUCAGUUGACAGUUUAAAACCUAAUGGAAAUUUACUAAAUAAGGAUUCCCUGGAAUUAGGAAGAACAUCUGAUAUCACAGACUUAAAGAAACAUCCUGAGAGGGAAUAUCAACUUUUUAAAGAGAUGGAGAAUUUGCCGUCAAUGUGCUGUCAAAAAAUAAUGCAGAGAGCCAUGAAAGCAGAGCUACACCUUUUAAAUGUUCACUAUCAGAUGUGUCAUCACCAUUGUUGUGAUAUUUACAAAACUGUAAUGGAAAACAGGGAGAGAUUAAAUAGGAAUUUAUCGAGUAAUUCUGCUAAGAAGGAAUUAGGAUCAACACUGCUAUCUCUUUUGGAAGACUUGAAAGUUAGGUAUGUGAGUUUGAAAGAGAAAAUACACAAGGGCAUACCACUGGAAGAGCUGCCCCCAUUCUCAGUAGAAUCAAAAUUGUUAUCUGUCUUCUCUACUUUUACUUCCAUGCUCAUGAGAGAAGAAUCACAUGUCUCUUCAGGAGCAAAUUCUGAACUGGACAAUCAAGGUGCUCAAGAUGUUGAUAUUUCUUCAAACCUGAAAAAGACACUCUCUCAAAUGUCUUUGUUUUCUGACAAUAGUCAUGCUAAACAAGAUACAUCACCCAAGAAAGAAGGUAUGAAAAAUGGUGAUAUAAAUGUUGACUUUAGUCAGCUGAAACUUGAUGAUAAAGACUUAAGAAAUUACCAAGAAAUAAGUGAAGACUGGUUUGAUGCUAAAGAAAACCUGACAGAAGUUGACUUCUCAGGAAUACAAGAAAAUCAAAUAGAACAAGAUAGAUGGACUCCAAAGUUUAUACUAGAAAUGAAUGUUGAACCCUUACGAAGAGAUAAAGGUUAUUUGGUACAUGUUGGUGGUCUCUGCCCUUCAGUAUCUGAGGCUGAUUUAAGGUCUCAUUUCCAGAAAUUCCAAGUUUCUGAAAUUAGAAUUUAUGAUUCUUCUACUAACUACAGAUACGCAUCUCUUACUUUCAAAAAAAACAGUGAUGCAAAGAUGGCUGUGAAAGAAAUGAAUGGGCUUGAAAUAAAUGGAAAAUCAGUGAAUGUUCGGCUUGUUAAAACUCCUGGAGAAUUCACAUCCCCACUUGCCUCCAAAAGUGGGAGUAGAGUUAGUUUGAAUAAUUUGGAGAGAACCACCAACAAAGAAAUCAACUCAGCCUUCUCUAUUUCUAGAUUGUCCAGAACUAGAUCAAGGCAGCUGGGAUCUGAGCAAGACAGUGAAUUUUUUUCUUUUGACCAGAAGGGUGUCAAGAAGAAUUGUAAACAGAUCGAAUCUGCUAAAUUAUUACCUGAUACACCUAUUAGAUUCGUACCUCCAAAUACAAUGAACUUGCGUAGCUUUACCAAGAUCAUGAAGAGACUGGCUGAACUACAUCCAGAAGUCAGCAGAGACAAUAUUAUAGAAGCUCUUCAGGAAGUGAGAAUAAAUCAUAAAGGUUUUCUGAAUGGCUUAUCUAUUAAUACUAUUGUGGAAAUGACUUCAUCUGUUCUGAAAAACUCUUCUUCCAGUUAG